UAGUUAGAUGAUCACUAAAAAGGACGGUCACUUGAUGAGGGACAUGCGUAUAAUCGCCUACUUCAAGCAAUGCAUUAAAGGAAAAGAAGUAAACACGAUCAAAGAACUAACCCAUGAACUCGCUUCACAUACUCCUUAUGAAGUUCCAAUAUCGAGUUUGACAAUCAACCAUCUGCAUUGUCAGAUCCCAAGUACCGAAGUGCACUAUAGUUUGAAUGCUUCCAUUGUUGGUUUGGGGAUUAGCAACGACGUGUUUGAAGAUUUGCCAUCAUGUGUAGGUCUUGGAAUCGUGAGGGGAAUUGACACACAGAGAGGAAUCUUGUAUGUCAUCACUCCAGUUCCAGAAAACGUAGUUGAGAAAGUGGAUCUUCUAUUGCAAGGCUAUAUUCAGAUACCUACUUGCCUUUUAGAGGUGAAGGAUUACAGGUCGCCAUAUUUAUCUGCCAACGUCUUAGCUUCCACCUAAAUUUU